AUGUCAAGUGAUGGAAUGGACGAUGAGAUUCAAACUCCAGCCACAUCUUUUCCUAGGUUUAAGCUUACUGGCGAAGCUGAUAAUCAAGAUAUUGGUAUGAUUUUGAUAAAUAGCGAUGCAAAUGAAUGUAACAAUAAUCUUUGUACAUACAUGAAGAUUGUUGUGGAUAAGAUGUACAGAUCAGUGAAUUUGGAUUCUCUGCCUAUAACUUUUCAUGAGUUGUCUAUAUAUGCUUUUAAGCUACUAAAUCUGAAUAUGUUCGUUAAGAACUACAUGUUUUGCAUUCACAAAAUAAUGGGUCUAAUAAGUGUUUUCACUGAAUUGACAGAAGCACAAAUGAACGAUCCUGAACGGGCCAUAGACGAAAGAUUGAGGACCGAAAAUGAGUAUUAUAAAGAAUUUGUUUCUGUAUGUCUUUUAUUACUUUUGAAGACUAAGAAUGCUUCUCGAAGUAAACCCUCUGAAUUGGGCGAUGAAUGGGAUACGUUUUCCUUGAUUGACGACAGAAGCUUGUAUCUUACGUUAAGAGAUGCUGGGUUUGUAAAGGUUGUCUCAGAUUUCAUUUCUACUCAAAUACUAGCGUCCCAAGUGAUCAUGACUCAAUUUUUCAUUCUAGAAUUCACAAGUGAUAUCUUUUUCGAAUAUUUGUAUUAUAAUGAACUUUUAUGUGAUUCAGACUUCCAUAUUUUAACUAAUGAGACUCAUUUAAUUCAAGUUUUAAUACGAGAUCUAUUAUCCAACGAAACGUUUGAUCACUAUGACAUUAGCGAUGAUUAUCUGUUUGAUACAGAUAAGCAAAAGGCUUAUCAAGAAUUUAAGUUAUUACUUUUAAUUAAUGAACAAUAUAUGAUGAAAUCGUACACCAGUGGACUGAUAAGCAAUCAGGUAUUUGAGGGUUUAAUGACCAGUGAAAGUGGCGAGGUCACAUAUACGAGCGAAAUCAAUGCAUUCAUAAAUUUACUAAUAUUCAAUCUUAAUAGAGAAGAAUCAGAGGUGAUAAAAAUUCUUAUAUUGAAAUUUCUUUACCUUGUUUUCACUACUUCCUAUACAUCCAAAUUGUUUUACUUAAAUGAUCUAAAAAUAUUGCUAGAUAUAUUCAUAAGAGAUCUUAAUAACAUUGACAUCGACGAAAGUCAUAGUAAUAAGAUUCUAGUGGUUACUUACUUGAAGGUGCUUUAUCCUUUACUAAUGUUUUCGCAAUUGAACGAAUUAAAAUCUGCUUACAAAGUUGACGAGAUAAAGGAACUGUUAAGCCAUUUGAUUAUGAAUAGUCCAUCUGUUCAGGGUAAAAAUUCUGACCAAGAAGUCAUUAGCAAGUUGGCUCUGAGAUGUUUAUCGGCAUCAUAUUUAAAGCCAGAGAAACAAAAAUCAAUGAAAGAAAAAGCAUCUGGGGGAAUUUACUCGUCGACGUCACCAUACUCAUCUGCAUCCUCACUUAGCUUGGGCAGUCAUUCAGAACUCAAUAAUGAUUCCACAGAUUCCGUAGGUGCUUCCUUUACUCGAGUUGCAUCUGUGCGUGUAUCCACCCGAGCGGAUUAUGAAAAGCUGCUUUCUCAAGACUUAAGGACAAACACUGAACUUGGAAAAAAUAAGAGGAGUGCAAGCAACUUGGUUUUGGAAAAUAAUCACAAUAUAUUCCUUAAUAAUGCCAUUAAUUCUUUAACUAUUAACAAUGAGCCAAAUAUAAACCUGGAGAGGAAGAAAUACGAUAAAGUGAUGCAUCCACUGAGUAUUGAUGUGCAUGAAAAUGCUAUCCCAAAAUCUCACCAAUGUUUCAAUAAAUAUAAACACAAAAAUUCAUCAUCUACCUCAACAUCAUCAACUCAAUCAUCAUCACUGUUGGUGAAAAAAGCCCAGAGGAAAAAGGCACCCCCGCCGCCGCCACCUCCUCCUAGACGAAGAUUUUAA